AUGUUUCAACCGAAUCACGCAGUGUACAUCAAGGCAUUGUAUAAGCAGGUACUCGCGGAAGGUGCAUUGUUUUUCGAUGAUAGAGCAAGAAUCUAUAUAAGAAACACAGCAAGACGAGCCUUCAAAGAUUACAGAAGCUGCCAAGAUGUUGAGCGAGUGAAAUCAAAGAUCAAAGAGACGAGAAAGUAUCUUCAUCGGUUGGAAAAGGCAAACAGAGGAAAUCAAAAGAGUGCCUUGAAAGUGUUGGAAGAGGUGUAUGGUAGAAAGGGAAAGACUCGUCAUGGCUUAUUAUAUCCUUAUCUGCAUGCUCACCAACCAGCAAACAAAGUAAUUCUUGACCCUGAGCCAUUUGUGGCACAUGUGCCCCGUACAGCACCACCGCCAGCCCUAUGUCCACCGUUAUGCAGCUUAAUUACUCAACAUCUCGGCAAAAAACUGGAUCCCGAGUUGCCUAUACCACCCUACAAGCCAUUGCAUCCUGGCAGAAAGGCCAACUUACUGUGGAGACAUCGAUCCAUGCUUCUAGAGAGAGUAUCUGUGCCUUUACCUUUUGAGAUUAUCUGUGAACUCGAGUACAAAGCAGGUGCACCCAUGAUCCAUCCACUCACUUGCUCUACGCUUGUGACAGGUGGCCCAAGAUGGGAUGAUUUCUACUCUGGGUUAACAAAUGUAGUGAACAUGAUACACCAUUUGCAACCUACAAUAACGAGCAAAAUGAAGCCGUCGAGUCCAUUUGUACGCAAGCAGUUGCUGCCUAAAUCACCUUACGAAAGCCAGCGCCCUGGCAGUCUGUUGGAGUAUCUGGAGCCUGUUGGUGUUUCAGAGCAAGAUAACACAAACGUAUUCAGGUACACAAACCGACAGAUACGCCGGCUGUAUAAGAAAUUACUACAACAAGUACCACUGAUCAGUGUCAUUCACUCAGAUCAGCUAUGGGAGCAACGAAACUACAUUAUUACAAAAUCACAUUGGACUCCACAAGGCCAACCUAGUCGUGCCACAACACCAUUACUAGAAGCAGACGAGUUGAAAAGGCAAGAAGAGCAGACAUGGAAAUCCAUCAUUGAGAAUGCCUCCAACAUGAUGAUCAAUACAACCAGCAGUAAUGGCAAUUACACCCUGUUGCCCCAAGAAGUAGAACGAAGAACUAAAAAGUACAAAUCCAUCUUGCGCAAUUCAAACGUAGUGCCUCCGUCCUACAACAAUCAAAUAUUGUACAAUUACACCACCAAAUCGAACCCGGUGGAUGUCUUGGCAGAAGCACAGCCUUAUGGUGGACUGUCUUUAGACAGCUUGCUAUGGCUUGAUGCAUCUCUCUGUGAUAUCCAUGUCGCCAAGAAGCGUUUAUCCACAUCCCUCAAACUCGAAAAUACCAGUAGCAUCUUGAUCAGCAUGAAACGAAUAACGCCAUUAGCCAAUAAAAAGGCAAAUACAAACCGUCGAUCUUUUGCAGCAGCAUAA